UAUGAAGACCAAGGAUAUUGCCAAACAGGUCAGGGACAAAGUUGUGGAGAAGUACAGAUCAGGGCCCGUAUCUCUAAAGAAUUUUUGUGCAAAAAGUGGCUCCUAGCGGCCAAAUUCUAAGAAAAUUCUCAGAGGCAUGACGUUUUCUUAGAAUUUCCCCUAAAAGUGACACGAAAAUCCCAGUUAAUAUAAAAGCUAUUCCUCAAGAGUCCUAGCGCUUAAAAGGGCUCCUAAGGCGAGAUCUGCUAAGAGCAGGGAAGAGGACUUUUAGUGGCUUAGGAGUUACCCUAAGCAGCUGCACAAAAUGGCCAACAGAGGAGGCAGGAGAGAUGUCCUGCAAACACUGGAUGACAGGGAAUUAUUGAGACGCUACAGAUUGGAUCGUGCAGGAAUCAUGUUUGUGGUGGAUCUCCUUAGAGAUGCAAUUACUUCACCAACUCGACGCCACAACGCUAUUACACCGGAGAAGAAAGUAAUCACAACCCUGAGGUAUUUGGCAACAGGGAAAAUGCAACAAUGCAGCAGUGAUGACUUGGGUCUGUCCCAAUCCUCCGUCAGCAGAGUCAUCACCCAAACACUGACAGCUUUGUCACAACCUAAUAUUGUGACACAAUUUGUUUCAUUCCCGCUGGAUGCCCGCACUUUACACACACAUAAAAGGGCAUUUAUGGACAUUGCAGGAUUCCCUGGCGUUGUGGGUGUAAUUGAUGGAACACAUGUGAGAAUAAUUGCGCCAUCAGAGGACGAGGCUGUCUUUGUUAACAGGAAGAAUUUCCACAGCAUCAAUGUGCAAAUAGUGUUCAAUGCGGCCUGGAAGAUUUUGGACAUUGUGGCUAAAUGGCCAGGCUCCACACAUGAUGCGAGAAUGCUCUCCGAGAGUGGCAUCAGACAGCUUUUUGAGAGACGCUAUGUGCCAGCUAAUUGCCACUUGUUAGGGGACAGUGGCUACCCAUGCAAACCAUGGCUCCUUACACCUUACCUCCAGCCACGCCAAGGGCCCCAACUAAACUAUAACAGGGCCCACAAGACAACAAGAGCGGUGGUGGAGCGUGGCAUAGGCCAGCUUAAGAGGCGCUUUCAUGUUCUCCACGGAGAGGUGCGGCUGAGGCCUGAAAAAGUCAGCAAACUCAUCAUAGCCUGUGCAAUAUUACACAAUAUUUGCAAGGUUAGACAGAUUGCAGAACCUCUGGAGGAUGGCGAUGAGGAUGAGGAUGGAGACAACGAUGAGGAUGGUGGUGAAGAAGAUAUUCACAUUCCACAGGGGAACCUAGCCCAGAGUGGACUGCCUUACAGGGCAAACUUCACAAAUUUACAUUUCAGGCAAGCUGUAGCCCCAUGUCAUUUGAGAACUUGUGAUGGUAUUAAGAACUACCACAGUUUUACUGCACAUCACCUGCAACUGUUAAAUGCAAGACACAGAACACAAUCUCUAAAUGGUUUAUUUUUUAGGUGUUCAAUUUUAAGGCGGUAGUACUCCUCCUGAAGGGAAAGGACUUUUUUUUGUUGUUCAAACACAUCAAUUGUGAGUUGCAAUCUUCUCUCCUGCAGGGAUGCUGACGGAGCAGGUGCUGCGGAUGGGAAUGGUGUUUGAUCCGCCGGGCUAUCCUGAGUAGCAGCUGCAGAUGGUUCAGGCGGCAAACUUGAUGGGCCCGGUUCUUGUGAUGGCUCCAUGCUACAGAAAUACAUAGGCCUAGUUUAAUUAUUGUUUUGAUUAAAUUAAUUUAAUACAAUGAGCAUGGAUAACACAUGAAAUGGCUUCUGCAAUGAAUAAACACUGUUGAUAUGAA